CUUCCACACAACCUUACAGUCCCGCUUUCUGACCAAAAUCCUCUUCAGAUACAUUUCACGUACAGCUUUGAAUAGUUAUUUGAUACGGGCCCUGCUUACUACCAGACUCGUAUCAGCGGCUAAUUUGACGCCAGCAGAAAGCAUCCACUUUUCCUAACCGCCUUUGCUCCUUACUUCCCGAUCGCCAAAGCUUGCCGCAUGUCAAACCCGGUAGCACCAUCGGGCUUGUUUUUUAUCACAAACUCGCCGUUUCAAGUGGGCUGUCCAGAUCCGGUGCCUGUGGAGGAUGAAACACUGAUGUGUGCCUCCUUGAAACAAGACUAUACAGAGAACCUGGUAAUUGAAGAGAAUACGUCAAUGUACUCCGAAGUAUACGAACCUCUCAAUCGGGAGCUUCUUGACGGACAUUUGCUUGACAUUACUGAGCGGAGCUUGCGCGAAGCCCCGGACCAACUACUAUCCAAUAAGCUCCGUGCUGAACUUUCUGUGGACGACUCCCACGCCAACGUCAUGGAGCUCCGCUUGCUAAUUGAACACUCAUUGAUACAGAAGACACCGACUGAUGGUUACCGGGAUCUCUCGCAAAUCCUCUCUCUAGGCGAGCUUGAUGAGCUCAAGAAACGCAUUUCCAAGAGCAAACUCGCCUGUGCCAAGCUUGAAAAGCGGAUCGCUAUCGUCAUUGAGCUUCUCACUUCACCCCAUUCCGACGUAACCCAGCUAACACAUCUCAGAGCCACCUACGACGCGAUCCACAAACGUAUAAGAGAGGUUACAACAAAGAUAGAAAGCGACACUUUGAAGCUCAAUAACCACCACUUCUCGUGCUUGUCUCUUGGCUACAUUGAUAAAUUACACAUACAUAACGACAGUCAUGGCAUUAUCGGCCCUGCUACCAAAAACUACGAUGUUAGUGAUAGCUUCGCCAACAAGAGUUACUCACUGCGCACCCCCGGCCAAGGCAGAUCCAGUGUGAUACUCGAUGGGUUGUUUGCGCACAUUGCCGGUUUAGCGGUACAGCGAGGGCUUCCUUUGCCAGCACCCGAAGAUAACGACGCGAGUUCUCCAGGAAAGGUAGCCUGGGUGCAGAAAUGCAUCGACAGCAUUAUUGCGACAGGGGCCCCAGCAGUCCCCCCAACCCAGUUCUUCGACGGUGCAUCAGCCUUACAGACAUCCUCCAGAAAUAACAGCUACGACACUCCGAGCACAGACUCGGCAGAUGGCCCUCUUCCUCCGUCAGCCAGUACCGCUGCCAGCUACUACGACGACCCAACCGGAUUCUUUCCGCAUCAUGAAAACACCUCCUUCACUUCUGAUGUCCCGGUAGAAAACCCUGGAAAACUGAUAGUAGAACUUAAAACAGCGUUGAAGGACCUCCAGUUUGCCCACCAGUACCUAGUAUCGUCUUUUGAAACGGAGCGCAAAAAGUUUGACGUGACAGUGAAGGAAUACAAGACGAAAAAUGAAGUGAUGCAGCAGAAAUUGCAACAGACGAAUAAGGCUUUGAAGGUUUCCACCAAGAAGUCAAUCAAGACCGAAAUUGAGCGUUCCGAGUUGGAGACAAAGUUUGGAGGCGCCUCGGAAGAGGUGCAUGAUUUGAGAAAGCAGUUGUACAACCUCCGGUUAGACAGCAUGGGCUAUAAUUUGUCGAACGGUGUUAAGAGCAGCCCUAGCUUGCCCAAGUCUCCUGUUUCCAAUGGCUUUAAGUCCGGCAGCAUUGAUAACCUCUUGUCUCCGUCCUAUGGCCGCGAGCCUGGCACACCCCUCACCACUGGAGUUCCGUUUUCGCCUACUGUCUCUGCCAUGAGCGAUCUGACGAGUGUGGGGAUUUUGCGUCUGGAGUUUAAGAAGAUGCUUGCGGAGAUGGAGGAGAAGUAUGAGACGCAAUUGGAAAUGGAACGAACUGAGAGAAAGAAGGUGGAGAGACAGUUGUACGAGCAACAACAAAGAAAUUAGGCAUCUCCUCCAGAAGUCUACCCGAAUAGAACGAUCUCACUCCUUCCCAAUUAGAAUCUCGAAACUGUCCAGUUGUUACUGCAAACAUUACCCUCGUUUAGUUUGGCGCCAUCUUUCCUUAAUGAACUCAGCUCGUUUUCCAACAACCCACCUAGCUGUUACUUUAUUCCACCGAGUACUGGCGUUAUAUGGAAAAUACGACCCAACGUUUAAUCUACCCCUGCGAUUUUCUAUUUUAAGCAGCGUUUUACGUAUGUUGCAUCUUCUGUAUUUUAUAUUAUAGACUUUUGGCGUUAAUUAUAAAAUAAAUACGCGU